AUGGCGGCGAUGGCUGAAGCGGUAGCUUCUCUGAAGGCCCCAACCUACCCCAGCAACUGCUUGGAAUUUCUCAAGACGCUCAACAAGAAUGGCACUGCGCCGCCUCCCACUGCGAAGCUCAAACUAGACAUUAUCGUGGUGGGAGCAGGGCUAGGCGGGCUGGCUACAGCUAUCGCUCUCCAACAAAGCGGACAUAAAGUGACCAUCUUCGAGCAAACGCCUGAACUGGGCGAGGUUGGCGCAGGCAUCCAGAUCCCUCCAAAUUCGACCAGACUGCUGCUCAAACUGGGCCUUGGACCAUAUCUGGAGCCAUACGUGACUGAACCCGGAUCUAUUUCUUUCCGGAGAUGGCAAAGCGGCAAGACCAUCGGGUUCACCAACUUGAUUCCUGACUUCCGCAAGACCUUCGAUGCCCCGUACUAUGUCAUUCAUCGGGCAGACUUCCAUUCUGCCAUGUACAGGCGGGCUAGGGAUGCUGGGGUUCAAGUCAAACUGGCUUCGAGAGUGAUCGACUAUGACCCGCAAAUGCCGAGUAUCAAGCUUGCCGACGGAUCAUCGUACGAGGCGGAUCUGAUUGUCGCUGCAGACGGUAUCAAGUCCGUCGCCAGAGGAAAGCUCCACAGUGACCUUGAAAAGCCACUUGAACGGCCUGGCUUUGCUGCCUACAGAGCCACAGUGGACGUGGAAAAGAUGAAGUCUGAUCCCGAUAUGGCAUGGUUAUUAGAAAAGCCAGCACUGAAUAUCUGGAUUGGGGACAAACGUCAUGUCAUGACAUACACAAUCGGUGCAGGCAAGUCCUUCAACAUGGUCCUGUCUCAUCCUGAUGACACCGAUCCGUCGACGUGGAAUCAACUUACUGCCUUGCAUGAUAUGAGAGCCGAAUUCACAGGGUGGGAUCCAAGGCUUACAAAGAUCAUCGGACUUAUCAAAAACACCAUCAAGUGGCCUCUUCUCAGCGGCACGCCAUUGUCUCGCUGGGCAUCUGGCAAGAUCGUCAUUUUGGGUGAUGCUGCUCAUGCUAUGCUGCCCUAUAUGUCGGAAGGUGCCGCAAUGGCUGUUGAAGAUGGGGUUGCUCUUGCCAGAGCCCUGACAAAGAUACAAGCUCGAUCUGACAUACCGGAAGCUCUCCUCAUCUACGAGAAGGUACGGAUUGAACGUACUAGCCAGAUGCAGGAGGCCAGUCUGCUCAAUGGGCAAUUGUGGCACUUCCCCGAUGGCCCAUUGCAGCAAGCCCGUGACGAGGCGAUGUUGCCAGAGACAAAGGGUCUCCCCUUCACUCAUAGCCCCAACCAGUGGAGUGACCCGGCGACACAGAUGUGGUGUUAUGGGUAUGAUACAGAGGGAGAAAUCGACAAAGUGUUUGCGCAGCGGGGCAACCUCUGCCCUAAAGGGUUGCUAUAG